ACUCAGAGGCGGCUACUGGCCCGCAACGGAGACCGAAAGCAGUGUUCGCUCGCCGCUACUCCAGCCUCGGGCUUCAAGCCCUGUAGCUGAGAAGACAUCUAAUGGUACAUCACUGGUCCGUUCUGCCUCAGUUUCGGGAUCCAUCCGAAAAGCUUCCUGACAAGGAUUCUCAGUGAGACCGCACUCGAUUAAAUCGGUCUGUCUCUUCCGACCAAGGAGGCGGGCUCGCCGCAGCCGCUUCAAGGCCAAAGCGAGUGGAGCUUACUGCGCACGCGCAGUAGACAGCGAUGGAGCCACCAAUGGAGCAGUCCGGAGGGGAGCAAGAACCAGGAGCUGUCAGGCUCCUGGACCUGCCCUGGGAAGACGUGCUGCUCCCGCACGUCCUGAACUGGGUCCCGCUGCGCCAGCUGCUCCGGCUGCAGCGCGUCAGUCGCGCCUUCCGGGCGCUCGUUCAGCUGCACUUGGCGAGGCUGCGCCGCUUCGACGCCGCUCAGGUGAGCCGGGGCCCGGAGCCACGCCCACGCCACGCCCCCGCGUGGGUACCACCGUCGCCCCGCCUCCAGGCCAGCCCCUGCUGCGCGGUAAACCCUUCCCGACCCCGGGUGGGUCCACAGAUUCCACGGGCGGCACUAGCCCGGCUACUGCGGGAUGCUGAGGGGCUGCAGGAGCUGGCGCUGGCUCCGUGUCACGAAUGGCUGUCGGACGAGGACCUGGUGCCGGUGCUGGCACGGAAUCCACAGCUCCGGAGCGUAGCGCUGGCCGGCUGCGGCCAACUGAGUCGCCGAGCCCUGGGGGCGCUGGCUGAGGGCUGCCCGCGUCUGCAGCGCCUUUCCCUCGCUCACUGUGACUGGGUGGACGGGCUGGCACUGCGUGGCCUCGCUGACCGCUGCCCGGCUCUGGAGGAGCUAGACCUCACCGCCUGUCGUCAACUCAAGGACGAGGCCAUCGUGUACCUGGCGCAGAGACGCGGCGCGGGCCUCCGCAGCCUCUCAUUAGCAGUCAACGCCAAUGUUGGGGACACUGCGGUUCAAGAGUUGGCUCGAAACUGCCCGCAGCUCGAGCACCUAGACCUCACCGGCUGCCUUCGGGUCGGAAGCGACGGUGUCAGGACACUGGCCGAGUACUGCCCGGCGCUGCGCUCUCUGCGGGUGCGGCACUGCCACCAUGUGGCUGAACCGAGCCUGAGCCGCUUGCGGAAGCGUGGUGUGGACAUCGACGUGGAACCACCCCUGCACCAGGCUCUGGUGCUACUCCAGGACAUGGCAGGCUUCGCACCCUUUGUCAACCUACAGGUCUGACUAACUUUCCUUGGGGUGGGAGCACAGCUGGACUGUGUAGCCCGGGCUUGACCCUGAGCCAUAGGGAAACUGAACUGUGGGGGCCUGUGGUUGACAGGCCUGUGAAAUCCCCUGUCCCACCCUGGAAUUUCAAAUAAAGAGCUUUUUACCCCUU